UGAGUCAUAUUGGGAGAGAAAAAUUAGAACAAAAGGGAAACACCAUAGGGGAGAGAAAAAAGCAGAAGAGAAAAGUGAACAUAGCAUGUGUUGAUUUAUAUUCAGUCUCUAUAGUUCUUUUUCUGGAUGCAGAUGGCAUUUUCUGUCCAAAACCUGUUGGGAUCACUUUAAAUCACUGAACUGUUGAGAAGAACCAAGUCUUUCAUAGUUGACUUAGUACAUUCUUGCUGUUACUGUGUACAAUAUAUUCUUGGUUCUGCUUGUUUACCUCAGCGUCAGUUUGUGUAAAUCUUUCCAGGCCUUUCUAAAAAUCAGCUUGUUCAUUUCUUACAGAUCAGUAAUAUUCCAUUACCUUUGUAUACCCCAGCUUACUCAGCCAUUCCCCAAUCAGUGGGCAUCUACUCACUUUCCAAUUCUUUGCUACCACAGAAAGAGUUGCUACAAACAUUUUUGCACAUGUAGGUCCUUUUCUUUCCUUUAUGAUUUCCUUGGGAUACAGCCCUAGGAAUGGCACUGCUGGGUCAAAGGGUAUGCAUAGCUAAUUCUAGACUGUUCUCCAGAAUGGUUGGAUCUUAAAUUUUAUUUUCAAAACUUCAGGUUAUUCACAUAUUCAAAUUUGAUUAUCCCUGAUUCUGCUUACCAUCUCAGCACAAUGAGCCUACUUCUGGUGACAGCUUUCCUGUCUCGGCUGAGUCUUGUCUUCUGUAGUCUAAAUACCUAAUAUUUCCUCAGUUAUUUUCACUUCCUGCCCAACUUUGGAAAAUUUCUAGAUUAUCUGUGUCUCCUUUGAAUGUGGCUCUUAAAAUUGACCAGAGAAGUACUUUAACCCCCCUGAUCUGGAAUGCUCUGCUUCCCUUAGUUCUGCUUAAAUAACAGUAGUAUCUUGGCCUCCACAUCUUGUUAACUUCUUGCACUAAAAACCCCAGAUUGCUUAUUUGCCGUCAGAGGAUGGACAGCCUCACCAUGUCUUCCCAUUCUCCUUUGAUUCAGCCCAGAAUUCUUUCCUUCAGUGAUCUUCCGGAACAGGACGUGGGCAGCGGAGAUGUUUCCCUUUCUGGGCCAUUAGCAGGCCCAGGGUCCUGACAACACUGUUAUGCAGUUUCUGGGGCCUCUGGUGAAGACCCCUCUGAACCAUUCUCGACGAGUCUCUGGGUCUGACAACACAACCAGCUCUUAGUGGGCCUGUUUAUAUGUCAGUCCAGACCCUCUUUUCUUUCAAAAAUUUGUUUUUGUUAUUCCAAACUUGAGAGCCACUAAUAAACACAGUCAUUUUCAUAAAGGACAAAACCCCCAGAAAAUUGUACAUGACCCCCAGACUUCACUGAAUGUGGCAUGUUUUCAGUUAGCAUGUUCCAAAGUUGUCUCGUGUGUCUGAGUGGCCAUUGGUACAUAAAGGAAGAAGAGCCUUGUAAAGGUGGUUGUGGUGAGCGUGUUUCCUUUAGUUUAAACAGUGGGAUGAGAAAUUGUGAGGCUUAGUGUUUGAUACUCUGAAGAAAUAAAUACAGGUUUUACACGGGCUGUGAUGGCUGCGUAGUCUCUACUGGGAAAUAAGGGGGAGAGAAAGCGAGAAUAAGCAUUGAUCUAGCACCUAAUACUUGCGCGGCGCCUGGCUAAGCACUUUACAAGUGUUCCUCACAAAUGUCCUUCAGAGAGGUGCUGCUGUCACCUUAUUUUUAAGUUAAGACAACUAGGCCACAUUCUGUGGCUUGCCUAGGCUGAAUAUCUGAGGUGGGAUUUGAACUCUGGUCUUCCUGGCUCUGGGCCACGCCUGCCUAUCAUAAUAGACGGUGCUAGUUGUCAGCAUCCUGAUCUCCAACAUGUAAUUUUGGGGAUUGUGCAAAGCUCAUGACACAGUCUCUUCCUUUGGCAGAGUCACAUGUAAGAGGGCCUUAAACACAGAAAGAAGGGCCUGUGGUCAAACAAGGCCUUUGGUCCCCACAGGCCAUGUGUGAGACUCAGUCUUGCCCAGCCUUUCCUCAUGGCACAUGAAGAUGAGGAUCAUGGAAGGCUACCCCAAGGGAGGUAAUGGAAGCCCUCGGACACUUGGCUUGGAGCAUGUUGGAGUCUGGACACACAGGAGAAAUACUCUCGACUGUUCCUCUAACUUUGCUUCGCCAGGUCCCAAGGAGUGGUAAGCACGAAUGUCUUUGGUUUUUCAGGAAUUGGUGACCUUCCAGGACGUGGCUGUGGACUUCAGCCCGGAGGAGUGGUGGCACCUGGACACUGCCCAGAAAGGGCUGUACCGGGAGGUGAUGCUGGAGAACUACCAGAACCUGGUGGGCCUGGGACUUGAAGUUUCCAAACCAGAUGUGAUCUACCAGCUGGAGCAAGGGGAAGCACCUUGGACCCCAAAGGGAGCAAUUCCAAGAAGUUGCCAUCAAGAUUGGGGAGCUGGGCCUGAAACCAAGGAGUCAGCUCUCAUGUUGAGUAUUUCAAUGGAAGAAUCAUUCCAAGAAAAAAUCACAGAGAAUAGUACCUUCAUUUCCAAAAUGGAAGAAGCCUGGGAAUAUACCAAGUUACAGAGGCAACAGAAUAAUAAGAAACGUUCUCAGCAUGUUAAAAUUGCCCCAAAGAAAUCUCACAAUAAACUAAGAGCCCAAGAAUGUAAUACAUUUAGCAGGAGCAGCAACUGGGGACUAAUCCUUUUUCCACAACAGAAAAUAUAUGUAGGAAAGAGUCUCUGUAAAUAUGAUACACUUAAAAAGUACUUCAGACUACAUACAGACCUAAGAAAAUAUAGCAGAAUCUAUGCAAAUAAGAUAUUUUCUAAGUAUGAUGAAUAUGGAAAAUCUUUCAGGUAUACAUCAGAACUCACUGAAAAUCAUAGAUUACAUAUUGGAGAGAAACAUCAAUGUAAUGAAGGUGGGAAAAUCUUCCAUCAGAAUUUACUGCUUAAUCGACCUAAUAGAAUUCUUCCAGGAGAGAAGUUUUAUGAAUGUAGUGAAUGUGGGAAAGCCUUCCGUUGGAGAUCACGGCUUAUUAAACAUCAGAAAAUUCAUACUGGAGAGAAACCUUAUGAAUGUAAUGAAUGUGGGAAGACUUUUCAGCAGAGAAUACAACUUACCCAACAUCAGACAAUUCAUACUGGGAAGAAGCCUUAUGAAUGUAACGAAUGUGGAAAGGCCUUUCGUCUAAGCACAGGACUUAUUCAUCAUCAGACAAUUCAUACUGGAAAGAAAUCUUUUAAAUGUAAUGAAUGUGGAAAAGCCUUCCCUGUGAGUACUUAUCUUACUCAACACCAGAGAAUUCAUACUGGAGAGAAACCUUAUAAAUGUAAGAUCUGUGGGAAGGCCUUCCGCCUGAGUACAGGACUUACUCAACAUAAAACAAUUCAUACUGGAGAGAAACCUUAUAAAUGUAAUGAAUGUGGGAAGGCCUUCCGCCUAAGAACACAGCUUACCGAACAUCAGACAAUUCACACAGGAGAGAAGCCUUAUGAAUGUAGUGAAUGUGGGAAGACCUUCCGCCUGAGCACGGGACUAACGCAACAUCAGACAAUUCACACUGGAGAGAAACCUUAUGAGUGCAAUGAGUGUGGAAAGGCCUUCAGUCAAAGGGCAGAUCUUAUUCGACAUCAUAGAAUUCAUACUGGAGAGAAACCUUAUGAGUGUAAUGAGUGUGGGAAAGCCUUUCGCCUGAGAACACAACUUACUGAACAUCAGACUAUUCAUACAGGGGAGAAGCCUUAUGAAUGUAAUGAAUGUGGGAAAGCCUUCCGACUCAGCACAGGUCUUACUCAACAUCAGAUAAUUCAUACUGGAGAGAAACCCUAUGAAUGUAAGGAAUGUGGGAAAGCCUUCAGCCAGAGAGCAGAACUUACUCGACAUCAUAGAAUUCAUACUGGAGAGAAGAUUUAUAAAUGUGAUGAAUGUGGGAAGGACUUCCGAUGGAGCAGAGGACUUACGCUCCAUCAGAAGAUUCAUAGUGGAGAAAAACCUUAUGAAUGCAAUGAGUGUGGGAAAGCCUUUCCCCUAAGUUCAUAUCUUACUCAGCAUCAGAGAAUUCACACUGGAGAGAAAUGUUAUAAAUGUGAAGAAUGUGGAAAGGCCUUUCCCUUAAGCUCACAACUUACUCAGCAUCAGAGAAUUCACACUGGAGAGAAACCUUAUAAAUGUAAGGUUUGUGGGAAAGCCUUCCGCCUAAGCCAGGGACUUACUCAACAUCAGACAAUUCACACUGGUGAGAAACGGUAUGAGUGUAGUGAAUGUGGGAAAACCUUUCGCCAGAGAACAGGACUUACUGAGCAUCAGACAAUUCACACCGGUGAGAAACCUUACGAAUGUAAGGAGUGUGGGAAGGCCUUCCGCCUGAGAGCACAACUUACCCAACACCAGAGGAUUCACACUGGGGAGAAACCUUUUGAAUGUAAGGAAUGUGGGAAGGCUUUUAAUCACCGCCCUGAACUUAAACGGCAUCACAGGAUUCAUACUGGAGAGAAACCUUAUGAGUGUAAUGAAUGUGGCAACGCCUUUCGCCUUAGCACACACCUGACAAGACAUAAGAGAAUUCAUACUGGGGAGAAACCUUAUGAAUGUGGUGAAUGUGUACAGUCAUUUCGCCUGAAGACACAGCUUACUCAACAUCAGAGAAUUCACACUUGAAACUUUAUAAAUGUUGUGAUUGAAGGGAGACUUUCUUCCAAAGCAAAAACUUUACUCAAUAUCAGCUGCUGUUUAAGACAGAAAUCUUGUGAAAGAAAGGAACAUUGAAAAAUUUUUAGCCAGAACCCAAACCUAAAAACCUGAUAAUGUAUACUGGAAGGUCUUAGGGAUGUUGUGAACAUGAGGAAUUUCACCCAGACACUCCUUAACUGAAAAUAGAUUUCAGCAGGUUCUAGCAUCCUUUUCAGAGCAGCAAUUCUAAAAUCCUUAAAAUCCCCACAUGAACGGCAGGUGCUUUUAGACUUAGUUUAUGGCAAUAGAAUCACACUCUGAUGGGGUCUGACUUCCAUUUCACACCCCAGAACUAAGGAGUUUUUAAGCAUUUUUUCCUUCCUUUUAAUCUCAAAAGAAGAUUUUUGAAUGUGGAAAAGCUGUCAUGCACAGAACAAAACUUAGAUGUCACAGCAUUCAUAUUGGACAGAAGCUUUUUUACAAUGACAGUUGAAAAGCCUUCCACACAAACACAUACCUUAUAUUGGAAAGAAAUCUUAGGAAUGGAAUGAGCAUGAAGAUUUCAAUCAAAACUAUGCUUAAAAUUUUUUAAAUUGAUAUUUUCUUUUUUUUUUUUUUUACAUCAUUUUUAUCCCAAGUAUUUUUCCCUCCCUCCAUCAUCCUAGAGAGCUAUCCCAUGUAAUAGUAUUUUUAGAGAGGGAAAAAAAAAAUCAGCAUAACUUCAAUGCAUAGAAAAAGCCCCAAAGUCUAUGCAGUGUGAAACACUUACCUUCCACCUUCAUGAAUGUUAAGUUGAGGGAUGUCCUUAUUUCUCUUCGUUCUAGUCCUGCUGAAUUCUUUAUAAUUGUUACAUUUCCUCUUGAUUUUUUGGUGUCUCAUUCUUUUUAUUUUGUUAUUGCUAUAUAAUUUUGGGGGCUCAGUCAGACUUUUUUACCAAAAAGUAGGGAAUCCAGAUUAAGUUACACAAAUGAGGUGAGGCUCUACCUCACAGUUGCUCUUGCUUUUUCUUCCUCAAGUCUUCAGUAACUUCUACCGAAGUCUUCACACACACCGUAGGAAGUGUCUUGAUUUGCUGAGGAAAUUGUGACAAUCUGGUGCUUGCUCAGCCCCCUCCCUCCCCACUCAGAAGCUUUGUCAUUGUCAGCAACUCUUCCUUCUAGUUGAGAGGAAGAGAGAUAGCUUUGCACCUUGACAAGUACAAUCCUUUUCUCGUGCCUUUGAGCCCACCCCCUCCAAACGUCUUCAUCUCAUUCUAGUAAUCAUCUAUUCUCAGUAGUUUUCAAGCCAUCCUUCCCAGUCUUGUCUUUCCUAGCUGUUUACACUUCUUCCACUCUAUGAACAUUUAUCAUGAGCACAUUUUCAGUCAGUGGCCAAGUCUUACUGUUUCUAAUAUUUCACUCACAUAGGACCAUCUCAAUUCAGGUUCUUAUCACCUGACCAGUUGCAGUAACCACCUUUCUGGUCCCCUGAUCAGAAAUAGUGUAAAAAGCAUUUGUCAUGUGCCAGGUACUAUGCUAAGAGAACUGGGGAUAAAAAUACAAGCCAAACAUUAUCUACCUUCCAUGUCCGCUUAGCUCAUUAUGCAGAGUCAGCACAUAUUGGGAAAUAGGGAGGAGUGUUCUGGAUGGGGUGGCCAUCCAAAUUUGGAGUCCUAGCAUCAAUGACUACCAUUUUUCCUCGGGCGAUAACUUGGCUGGGUUACUGUUUGCAGUCAGAACUUGAGGUGGCAGAGGAGCAGGUACAGGAGCGUACAAAUGGGCAAAAUUGAAGACUCACAUUGAGCCCAAUGUCAGUGAGGUGGCCCUCACCAGCCCGUCUUCCAGAUAGCUAAUAGUGAUUCUCUUAGGGCAUGGGUCUGUCUCAAAUGCCCUGUAUGACCUUGCGAUCUCUGAAAAGUUGAAGCCAUUCCCUCCCAGCAGUGAAUCCCUUUGGCCACAUGUUGAUUUAGAAAAGCACAAAGUAACUAACAUUCCACAUUGUUUGUUAAACAUUUUCCAAUUAUAUUUUAAUCUGAUUCAGUUAUCAUCUAAAUUAGAGCUCUCUUCCCCAGAAAUCUGUUGUCAUCCUCCCAUUUCCUCCUUCACGCCAGGCUCUAAGGAAGAGAUGUCCCUUUGUGCUAAGGCUGACCUUUCUAUGUGUACCCUAAAUCUUUGUUCCUUUUUUAUUUUACUUAUCUUCCCUCUCUAAUCAGUCUCUCCCUAUCUACUCUUUCCUUUCCUGAUGGCUGUCAAUAUAUCCAAAUCUCCCUUAUCCUUGAAGAAGCUUCACAAGAUUCUACCAUGGCUGCCAACUAUAACCCUGUAUCUCUUCUUCUCAGGUCAAGUUCUUGAAAAGGUGUUUAUUUUCCAAUGUUUCUAUUUCAACACAUACCUACUUCUGAACCAUUUGCCGAUUCUUCAUCAUUAAACUGAAAUUGCUCUCUGAACUUAUUAAUGAGCUGUUUAAUCUCCAAACCCAAUGGCCUUUUGGCAAUUCUCAUCCCAUUUGAAACAUUUUGUAGUUAACUACUUUUUCCUCUGGGAUACUCUGCACUUUCCAGAUGCUUGAGGUUUUCCCCUCUCCUCAGACAGGUCCUCCCUGUCUGACCACCACUCAGUCUACUUAACUAGAUCUUUAUCCAUGUUAUGCCUACUUAACACUUAGGGUAUCCCCUAAGCAUCUGUACUCUCUUCUCCUUUCCUUAUACUAGUAAGUGAUCUUAUCAACUCUCAAGGACUCAGUUAUCUAUGCAGAUGAUGAUUCUCAAACCCAAUCUUUGCCUCUAUCCUGAGCUUCAUUUUCACACUACCUAUCUAAUAGGCAGUUGCCUAUUAGAUGUUUUGAACAGGGUGCCUUACAGAGAUCUUAAACUUCACAUAUACAAAACAACUUAUAUUUCCCCCAAAUCCUCCCCUUCUCCAAACUUCACUAUUCCUAUUGACGGCAAUACCAUCUUCAUAAUCAUCCAGUUUUGUAAUCCCGUCAACUCUUGACUCACAUUUGUUCACUCGCUUUAUGUAUUCAGUGAGUGGCAAAUCUUAAUUUUCCACGUAUUAACACAUUCUCUUUAGUCACACAGCUGCUCCCGUGGUUUAGAGCUCAUCACUACCAUCUUCUGAUUGAUUUAUCUCAAUUCACCCUUCAUAUAACUGCCAAAAUGAUUUUUAUUUAAAAAGUUUGAUUCCAUACUUGAAAAACAUACAGUCCCAUAUACAAGAACAGAACACCUAUAUUGUGUACAGCUUUUUAAAAAGUAUUUAAUAAAUUCAUAUUAAUCCUGAAGUUGAA